AUGGUCCUAAACGACUCGCAGAAAGAGCAGCCCUCCAGCGGCGGGGUGGAGAACAUGGCAGAGAGCAUUCUUGCUCCACUGGAAGACUCCCCACCAGCAGCACUAUUCCAUCGGUCGCUACUCCAACGACCCUACAUGGUCGAUUCAGCCAAAGGCAUCUAUCUCAAUCUAUCAGACGGACGAGUCGUGAUGGACGCCUGCGGUGGUGCAGCGGUAGCAUGCAUCGGGCACGGCAACGAGGAAGUGAUGGCCGCGGUGCAGCGCCAGAUGAGCACCGGCGUGAGCUACCUCCACUCCCUGACAUACACGACAGACGCCGCGGAGAAGCUGGCGAGUCAUCUGAUCGACGGACCACAUGGCGGCCGGCGGUUUGGCCUCGACCGUGCGUAUUUCGUCGGCAGCGGCAGCGAGGCCAUGGACGCGGCCCUGAAGCUCGCGAGACAAUAUUUCUUCGAGCUGGGCCGGCUCGACAGGACUAACUUCGUCGCCCGUAAACAGGGCUAUCAUGGUACGACUAUCGGGGCCAUGAAUAUAAGUAGCAAUUUGCCUAGAAAGGUGCAGUAUACCUGCUUCCAGUCCAAUAAUUGCAGCUGGGUGAGCCCCGCGUACCAGUAUCAGUAUUCGAGGUGGCAGGACGGAGAGACCGAGGAUCAGUUUGCCGAGAGGCUUGUCGAGGAGUUGGAUCAGCAUUUUCAGAAACUCGGUCCGGAGAGUAUUGUUGCCUUUGUCGCUGAGCCGGUUGUCGGAGCCACCAGUGCAUGCACUCCUGCUCCGAGGGGAUAUUUCAAGGGGGUCAGGAAAGUGUGUGAUAAGUAUUCUAUCCUCUUGAUUCUGGAUGAAGUCAUGAGUGGCAUGGGUCGAACAGGGACCUACUUUGCCUUUGAACAGGAAGACAUUGUUCCCGAUAUCAUGACCAUCGGUAAGGGCCUGGGAGGCGGCUAUUCCCCCAUCGCGGGUGUGCUGGCUCACAAGAAGGUCAUCGACGUCUUGAAGAAGGGCACGAGCAGUUUCAACCACGGACACACCUACCAAGCGCACCCCGUGGCAUGUGCGUCGACUCUCGCUGUUCAAAGGAUAUUAAGCCGAGAUGGCCUCAUUGAGAAUUGCGCCCGAAUGGGCGUGAUCCUGCACCGCCUUCUCGUUGAGACAUUCGCGUCAACCAAGUAUGUGGGUGACAUCCGAGGCAAAGGUCUGUUCUGGAGUCUAGAAUUCGUCCAAGACAAAGCUACGAGAAAGUCAUUCUCACCAACCGUGCGCUUUGGAGCCAGGUUCCAAACGACAGCCUUUGAGUUAGGUGUAGCAGUUUAUCCUGGAGCCGGCACUGUGGAUGGCACCAACGGCGAUCAUGCGAUUGUAUCACCCCCAUAUAAUGUCACCGAGGAAGAGUUGAAGAAAAUUACAGGCAUUCUUAAGCACGCUUAUGAUACGCUGGAAAAGGAGAUGGAUGGCCAAGACAACACUCCUAAACCCACCCCAUCUUGGUGA